AUGGGAUAAGUAAUAAAUAGUAUUAAAACGAAACAUAGUAAUAAUUUAACUAUGUAAAAUUCAUAUUAGCCAGAAUUCAUUAAUUUUAGACACACAAUUUCAAUAUUAUCUUAUAAUAUAUUAGCAGCUAUUUAUUGCGAACAGUCACAUUUUGGCUACGCACACAAUCAAUAUUUGUAGUUUGCUAAUAGAAGUACUAAAAUUAUAGAUUAAUUGAAAAAUUUAAAUCCUGACAUAUUUUGCCUUUAAGAGGUGGAUAACUAUGACUUUUAUUAAGAACAUUUUAAGAAACUAAAUUAUGAUUAUUGUUACGUGUAAAGACCUUCAAGACCAGAUGGAUGCUUAAUUGCUUUCAAAAUUGAAAAAUUUAAGCUGUUAAAUUAUUCAGAGUAUUCCCUUGAUAAGAUGGCAAUAAAUUAUGGAUUACCUCUUUAAUACCAAAGGCAGAAUGUGUUUUAAAUUGUUAAAUUAGAACAUAUGUAAUUAUUUUUUGAGAUAUAAUAAAGAUUAACAAAAAAACAGCUAGUAAUAGGAAACAUACAUAUUUUCUGGAAUCCUAACCAAGAUGAUUUAAAAUUCUUUUAAAUUGUUCAAAUUGUUUAAAAGAUGGAGGCUGAAAAAGAAACAGAUAAUUAAAUGCUUAUAUUUUGUGGUGAUUUUAAUAGCCUUCCUCAUUCUAAUUCAAUUCAAUACAUAAAAAAAAAUAAACCAAUUGUUGAAAGAAUUGAGAAGUCCUCAAAUUAAAUUAAGCUCUAAAAGGAGAUAUUUGAACAUUAUGGUCCUCCAAAAUUGAAUUGGUAGAGUGCUUAUCAUCCAUUCCCUAAAUUUACUAAUUAUACAAAAGAUGUAAAUUUUUUGUAUUAGUAUAGUUUAAAGGCUGUAUAGAUUACAUUUUCUAUCAUAAUGCUAAUUUGGAAAAGAUCUUAAGAAUUCCUGACGAAAGCUUACUCUAAUAAGAAGUAGCUCUACCUAAUAGAGAUUUUCCAAGUGAUCACCUACCUAUAUUAGCAUAUUUUGAUUUUCACUAUUGA